CCCCAGUAGCUCACCCACAUUUUCCAUUGCAUCCCUUCGGCAGAUCACACCAAGCCCCGAGCUUUUGCAAGCCUUCGAGGGCCUAGCUUUUAGUUAAAGUCCUUCGCUCUCAAGCACUGAAUGGUGGUCUUCAUUCGCCAACUUUAGAGAAUCCUGUCCAGCAAGCCAGGCAGCGGUUACUCUCAUUAGUCAGGUCGAGGACUACCUUAGAAAUCGUGCGCAAAUCCUGGACAACUAUCCUGACCAAAUGGAGUUCGGAUUCAUCCUCUCACAAGUCAGAUGUGAGUCUGAUUGCCUGUACUGCGACCAAGUAGGACAGCAGCGUGGCUCGCGGAAGUGUAUAACUCUUCAGGUUUGCGGUAUUGCUAUCAUUCGUGCGCGUAAACAAAAGUGGAAUCUUAACAAAAGCUUGAGGUUUGGCUAUGCUGCAUUCCAGCUGUACUUUGAGACCUUCAGGACCCUGAACGGUAACCGAGAAUAUAUGGCGCUGCUACUCCGAUUUGAGUCACUCAUGCAAGGUUACCAACGAAUAGAUUACGAACAUGCCCACAUAUCGACUCUUGCUGAGCAAGAUCUAUUGACUUCGCUCGGCCCAAACCACUACCUGACUCGGACCGCAAUUUUAGACGUCGCGCUCCAAUGCGUUGGGUUAGGAAAAUACGCGGAGGCGGAAAGCAAGCUCAAGAUAGUGCUUAAGGAAUCAUUUGAUGAUGUUUUUCUGCUAUGUAGUGGCACGACUUUUCCACAAGAUAUUGGCACGGCUGUCAGACUAGUGACCCAGGGGCAUGUUCAAGUAGAGUUCGGCGAGGAUGACAUGUUGUGCUGCUCAUAUCGUUGUAUGAAUGGAACACGGGUUGGAGAAGAUUGGUGUCAUUAUGAGACGGGAGAAUUAAACGUGAGGGAGAUUGAACUCCGUGGCACUGCCACUUGGCUAUUGUCAAGACUACGCUACGACAAGGGACAGAUACGAACUAUAGGUUCAGUUUGAACAGUUCAUUGAAAGUUGCUUCUGGGCAACAGAGUUCCUUCUCAUACUCAAACGCUAAUAUAACGUUUAUCUCUCAAUGCCUAAACUUGCAGUCGCUGAUAUAAUGCAGUAUCAUAGCAUU